GCUAACGUUAGUUGCGGUUCUGCUUUUUAUCCGCCGUCUUUGCUUUCUCGAUCAAUCGACCAGGAGGCAGCCGUCUUUGCUUUCUCCUUCAGGACUGAUCGACUCGUAUGUCGGCUGUUGUUCCUCGUUCAGGACAGAUCGACAGGGACCUGCUUUCUAUGCACUUGUUCAUUCUCUGAACAAUCUAAGAGCAGCGCACAGAUUGAUCAGAAUUAGCAGAUCAACACAAAUAAGAAGGAGCAAUCUGUGCUUCGGGGGUUUAUAAAGUGUGUCGAGGACCACAAACUCAAAGUUGAGUUCCUGUUGGAGGAUCUUCGGAUAGUGCUGGAAGAAUAUUGGAGAAGGCAAAGACAUAGAAGAAAAAGGCAGGGUCAAGUUGUUCCAGCGGUGGUAACUCGAUUUGUUGGAAUGGAUAAUCAACGUACUAGUGUUCAAGAUUCAGUUGACAUGUCUAUUUCAAGCGACGAGGAUGACUUUGCGCAGCAGAAGGAGGGAAACGUGGAACUUGCACAUGAUCACGAUGAAGCUGAACAAGAGGUUUUACUUCAAGAUCCUGUAUUGGCCAUGACCUUUGAUAGCGAGAAUGAUGUGCGAGAAUACUACCAAAAUUAUGCUAAGUCUAAAGGAUUUGGUGUCACUAAAAGAAGCUCACAUACUGAUAAUACUGGAGAAGUAAAGUAUGUUACACUUUGUUGUUCUCGCUAUGGUAAGACUCAGUCCAACUCAAAAAAAUUGUUGAAGCCAAAUCCAUCAGCUGGGUUAGGAUGCAAAGCUAAAGUUAAUAUUACUCGUCGUUUUGAUGGGAAGUUUCAAAUUUCAAAGGUCAUUUUGGAUCACAAUCAUACAUUAAACCCGCUCAAAUCUCGGUUAUUUAGAUGCAACAAAAAGAUGGACUUUCAUGUUAAGAGAAGGCUUGAAUUGAAUGACAGGGCUGGAAUACGGGUAAACAAAAAUUUCAAUUCAAUUGUUAAGUCAGCAGAUGGUCAUGAGAACCUAACAUUCGGCGAGAAAGAUUGUCGCAAUUUUCUAGAGAAAGUAAGAAGGUUGAAACUUGGAAGUGGUGAUGCUGAAGCUGUUCGUGAUUAUUUUGUGAAGAUGCAAUCUGAGAAUCCAAACUUUUUCAGUGUUAUGGAUGUUGAUGAUGAAUCUCGACUAAGGAAUGUUUUUUGGGCUGAUGCAAGAAGCAGGGCAGUGUAUGAAUCUUUUAAUGACGUUGUAACUUUUGACACAACAUAUCUGACAAACAAAUAUGAUAUGCCUUUUGCUUUAUUUGUUGGAGUCAAUCACCAUGGUCAGUCCGUGUUGCUAGGAUGUGCUUUAUUAUCAAAUGAAGAUACUCCAACAUUUGUUUGGUUAUUUGAAGCAUGGCUGAAAUGUAUGUCAAAUUGUCAACCAAAAGCUAUUAUAACUGAUCAAGCAAAGGCAAUUCAGAAUGCCGUGGAGAUAGUUUUUUCAGAAUCUCGAUAUAGAUGGUGCUUGUGGCAUAUAAUGAAAAAAUUGCCAGAGAAGCUAGGUGGAUAUGAUGACUAUGAUUACAUCAAGGUUGCUAUUGGCAAUGCAGUUUAUAAUUCAUUAACAGUUACAGAAUUUGAAGUUUCCUGGAUGCGUAUGAUAGAGAGGUAUAGUCUUGGUGAUAAUGAAUGGCUUAAAGGGCUUUAUGAUAAUCGACACCGUUGGGUUCCAGCAUUUGUGAAAGAUGCCUUUUGGGCAGGUAUGUCUACUACACAGCGUAGCGAGAGUAUGAAUGCCUUUUUUGAUGGUUAUGUUAAUGCAAAAACAACAUUGAAGCAUUUUGUUGGCCAGUAUGAGAAUGCUCUCCGUGAUAAAGUUGAGAAGGAGAACAUUUCUGAUUUCAAUUCUUUCAAGUCAACCAUACCUUGUGUCACACACUUUGACAUCGAGAAGCAAUUUCAAUCAGCAUAUACAAAUUCAAAGUUCAAAGAAUUUCAAGAACAGCUUACAAACAAGAUGUAUUGUGAGCGGAAGUUGAUACAGAAAGAAGGGACGAUAGAAAUGUAUGAAAUCACAGAGGAUGUGUUGAUUGACGCAGAAACUGGAUGGCGAAAAGACGUCGUGUAUCAUGCAUAUUUUAAUGUGGAAGAUUUUGAAGUUAAGUGCUCAUGUCGCCACUUUGAGUUCAGAGGUAUUUUUUGUAGCCAUGUGUUAAGUGUGCUCACUCACAAGAAAAUAAAGGAGGUUCCUUCACGAUACAUCCUUGAUCGAUGGACAAAAAAUGUGAAAAGAAAACAUAACUUUAUCAAGUGCUCAUAUGGCGGAAUGGAAGACACUCCUGUUGCAAAGCGUUUUGAUAUGUUGUGUACUUCCUUCCACCCAGUGGCAGAGAUAGGCGCCAUGUCAGAUGAUUCAUGCAAUGCUUUGAUUGAGGAGCUUCGUACCCUGAAAAUUAAAUUCUCUAGUAACUCAAGUCCUGAUAAUAAUGAGGAACAACUUGGUACGCAAGAAGGUGCACUUUCUAAUGAAAAGACAACAAGUAAAACUAUUUUGAGCCCAAUAGCUGUUAGGUGUGCUGGACGUCCUCCUUCACUGAGGAAAGAAUCAAACAUUGAUAAACUAAUUCGUGAAGCAAAAGCAAGGAAGAAGAAGGCUGAACAAAUGGAGAAGAAAAAAGCUGCACAAGAGAAGAAGAGAGCUGAACAAAAGGUUCGCUCCACAAAUUUGAGGAAGAAAGGGUCCAAUAAAAAAAGGAAAUCACCAGAGGAUGACACUCCACAACAAGAUGACAUUCGAUCUUUUGUUCAUUUGGAUAACAAAACCUCUAGUAGCGCACUCCAGGAAUCAUUUGACUGCGGCAUUGGUACUGGCAACAUAACUCCAGAAAUAACCUCUACAAUACCAUAUGGAAUAAUACAGGAACCAUUUGACUUCAACACUAGUAGUGGCAACAUAAAUCCAAUGAUCACAACUCCAGUACCACCAAAAGUUUCAUCGACAUGGUUAUGCCUCAAAUUUUAGGAAACUACACAAACUUGUUGUUCAAAGUUCAGCAGGGCUCUGCUGGUGUUUCAAGUUCUACAGAGAUGCAAUUUAAUGGAGAUGGAAUGUGGAACAAUAGGAUGGAAUCCGAGUUAGAUGAUCCAUCAGGAGGUUCAUCGGCAAUGUUUGUGCAACCGAUUUUAGGAAAAUACUACAGCAAAGUUCUACAGCAGUGUCAAGUUCUACAGAGAUGCAAUUUGAUGAACCGGGAAUGUUAAAUAAUAGGGUGAAUCAUAGUUAGAAGAUGCAUCCUUUAUUUUGAUGUAAUCUGUGGCACGCACUAGAGUACUUCAUCGGAGAGCAGACUAUUUAUAUCUUUUUUUUUUAGA